AUGCGUCUUGUUCUUGUGUUUCUCGUUCUUGCUUCGACGAUCGAGCUAAAUUCUUCUGCAUUGACCGUUCUUCAACGACUGUUAGACAAAAACGAGUAUAAUCUCAUAUGGAAAUAUGGUGCUCCUCAAACAGUAAAAUGGAUUACUAUUCAUAAUACAGCCAAUAAAGCAACAGCUAUUAAUGAAGCUAGUUAUCUGAAUACUCGCCGUGAUAAUCAGUACAUAUCAUUUCACUAUGUAGUUGAUAAUGUACAUGCUCUGCAGCUUCUACCAGACAACACUAAUGGUUGGCAUGCAGGUGAUGGCAAUGGUGAAGGUAAUAAAGCCUCGAUUGGUAUUGAAAUUGCUCAAUCAACAAAUGAUAAUAUUGCUAUUCGUAAUGCAUCUAUUGAAAAUGGUGCUCGAUUAGCUGCACGAUUACUUAAGCGCUUCAAUUUUGGUGUUGAUCGACUUCGUAAACAUCAAGAUUGGAGUGGAAAACGUUGUCCACAUGAUAUACUUGAUCGUUAUGGUUGGACUAAUUUUGUUAAUUUAGUUCAGCAAAAAAUGAAUACAGGUGACUAUUAA